AUGGCGGGUGCGGCAGAUGAUUUAUACGAUGGCUUUGGUCAGGAUUGUGAAUUGGCAGCCGCGCAUCUUCGCUUUGAGCAGGAAAUCUUCAAGAUAGGGCGAGAUCCUGAUGCAAACACUUUCUCCAUUCAAACCGACUCAAGCAAUCUCGUAUCACGAAACCACUGUGAAAUUUAUGUGAUUGUCUAUGAACCAUCAGUCAACCACGUCUAUGUGCGAGAUCGCAAGUCUGUUAAUGGAACGUUAGUCAACGGAGAAGUUAUCGGUAUCGGACCGCAGAUAUCCUCAGGGUAUCUCUUACAAGACGGCGAUGUUAUCGAGAUUCGACCCCAUUGGAAGUUUUAUUUUCACCAGCCUCGAAUGCCUCCUCCCCGUCCAUUGACGGCUAUUCAAACUGACGAAUGCCGAAUUUUCGAAAAUGAGUAUCUGAUAACCCCGCGCUGCCUUGGCACCGGUGCAGAGGGAGCUGUCUACCUGGCCCUCGAUUCAAAGACUAAACGACAGCUUGUUUGCAAAUUAGUCAAGCUAGGAAGGCAAGAUGGGAAGAUGCCUCAAGAUGAGAUUUAUAGGAAGCUCCAAGAGAUAGAUGUCCUCCGGCAGCUAAAACAUCCUAACAUCUUACCCUACAUUGACGCCAUCACCUCACCACACUCCUUGUAUAUUUUCACCGAGCUCGCAUCUGGCGGUGAUCUCGUUUCCUUCAUUAACCGACAUGAAUUUAUUCAGGAGAUUGAUUGUCGAAUCAUCCUACGACAAGUAGUGCGUGGGCUGGCUUACCUUCACAAAAUGGGCAUUAUUCAUCGAGACUUGAAACCGGAAAACAUCCUACUGGCAUAUUCUCCAAGAAUAUCUUGCCAUCGCAUUAUGCUUUCGGAUUUUGGUGCCUGCGCCGUUCCUCGUCGGAAUAGAAUGAUAACGGAUAUUGGUACAUUUGAAUACAAGGCUCCUGAGAUUUUCUCGACUAUAGAAGCGCAAACUACUGCAGUUGAUGUGUGGUCCCUUGGCCUCGUCACACUUCGGUUACUAACCUAUGACGUCGAGAGCUUUGGAAGUCUUAUACGAUUAGAUCAACCGUCUCUUGAGAGAGCAGUCAAGACAAUGAUUCAAGAGGUAUCUCCCAAACGCUCUUCUAAUAGCCAGAGAUUUGCUUUAGCCUGUCUUCAAUUGACACCGGUAAACCGGAUCACUACUGCCGAAGCGGAAUGCCACGAUUGGUUUUGCACUCCACAGAGACAUUUCGAAUUCUUCCAGCAGCUCGACCAGCGAUGUUUUGAAGAUGUGGGUGACAGCACCCAACUCAAGCCAAUGCCAUGGGAUCUGGCUGCUCUUCAGUCCUUUUCACCUACAUCAACAGCUGGCAAAAUUUCUGCCAAUAGCGGCGAGAACUCGACUCAGUGGGGCUCGCCAUCUUGUAUCGAAACGUCUGAGUAUUUUGGUGGCAUUAAACGAGACAUAGAGUCGGCAAAGGUAGAGCUGGCGAAAAGAUUGUCGUCACCACCCCAAAAACCCGAAGCGCUACCAUCCAAAGCUAAACCAGCGGCGGGUUGCCCAAGGGCUUACAAUGAGGAAAAGUCCUUGAAGUCACACAAUCGUAGUCAUAAGGGAUAUCAGAAAGUAGAGGCCCGAGUUAUGACGGCUCGGCAGUUACGAAUCUGCGAUGUGCUUCAGCUUCCUUUCACCGAUCUUCACAGGCAUUCGAAACCGGCAAACGCAAGCUCCAAGAGUCAUCGAGAAGAUGUAUUGGCAGAGCUGAAACGGCUAAAUGCCAAAUUUUUGACAGAUGAUACGCAGAUCACCAUGGGAAAUGAAGACACUAGGGCCAAGAAACAUUAACAUCACAUAUCAUCGGGUACAAAAUCAGCAAUGAACCAGCGAAGACGAAUGCUGAGUAGGUGUAAGCUAUCAAAGAUGACUUGACUAUUUUUGCGGGAAUGGUUUUCCUGAGUUCGGAUUCCAUUCCAAUCGAAUGAGAAUAGAUAUAGCAAGCUUGAAGCCCCUGUCACCCUUCAUCUUGCCUUGAGAGUAUGGUACACUGGCGCUAUUAUGUCUGAUGGAUUAUAAGGAGACUUAUAUAUGACGAAGUUUUACAAGUACAAUCAUUUGAAACGGCGCUGCCACCGACAACGUAUACGAAGGAAGUGAAGAGAAAGAAUGAUUGUACAACUACGAAAGAC